AUGUCUUCCCCUCUGCGUCCUCAGUUUUUCUGUGCCAGACCUAAUGGUACCCUUGUUCCUCUUGUUGCUGUUGACGAGCUUCCUAUCCAUCUCAAUAUUCGUUCAGCUCCACGCGUUCUUUCUCCAGGUGAUACCCAGGGCAUGACCAGCCUCGGUACCGUCAGCCCUCGCUGCUCGUUCUAUAUUGUGGAGGGAGCUCUUCCUUUCUCUCGUUUCCAAUUUCCCGUCAAUCUCCCCAAUGUCCCCAGCCAGCGUGCUAGGGAGUAUGACAAUCAAGGCCCUGCGCCCAGAUACAUGCCGGAUGAAAACGGUGUUGGUCCCCAGCAGCGUCUGGCUAUCCAGCCCAUGUAUCCGCAAGGCAAUGGUCAGAACUGGGUGAUGCCUAACCCGCCUCCCAACCACGGUUGGAUUGUGCCCGCUAAUAUGGGUACUGCUCCUAAUGCCGGCGCUGCUGCGGGUCACGCUGAUCGAAACGGUGGCGGAAACCCCAGACAGGGAGGUCCGAAAAAGGAAUACUGCUCUUAUUGGAUCCGUCACGGCGAGUGCGACUAUCAGCAGCAAGGCUGCCUGUUUAAGCACGAGAUGCCCACCGAUCGCUCCAUGCUCGAGAAGCUUGGUCUGCGCGAUAUUCCCCGUUGGUACCGGGACAAGUACAAUGUCCCAAGCCUUUCGUCUGGCGGAGGCAACCAGAUCCGCGAGUCUCGUGCUCUGGCUGGCUUGCUCGAUGAUGCUGCUUCCGACCGCGGUGCUGUGAGGGGCUCUCGUUUGGCAAUCAGUGCAACUGCUGAGCAUUCCGAUACUGAAAGAAGCAACAAGGACAAGGGCGCUGUCUCCAUGCACCAGCCAGCUUCCCUUGCGCUUCCAGGCCGCCCCAACUUCACCAAUGGCAACUCACCUAGAGGUUCCGCUCACCCUCGCGGUUCCAAGCAGGCACAGGGUGCACAGCUUCAGUCUCCUAGCUCACACGUCCGCAACCAGGGUGGCCCAGGUUAUACUUCCGCUCCCCAGAAUCGUGGUACCAAUGUGCACAAUAAGAAGAUCGACCUGCUCUCCUUCGACCCCCUUCCUGACUACAGGUCCGCCGAUCUGAGUCGUUCUGGUCAACAGAUUAUCUCCGAUCCCAAAGAGCGUACCAAACGGGAUGAGUUCUUGCGUGGUCUGCAUGACAUGUUCGCAGCCACCACUGUGCCUGGAAAGACCAACAUGAUGCCCGCCGAUACCGAUGUCUUCGCAGGUCAGCCUCGCACUAAACGCGUGCAACCCAAGUCUCGUCGCCUGUUCCAGGACCAUCCUGUCGCUCCUAACGGUGGUACGGAGACCAAUGCCUCGGAUGCCAAGCAGAUUGACUCCCUGGGUUUGCGCCUCUACAAUCAUACUGUUGAGGCUCUCAAGGAUAUCGAUGACGAUCCCCUCUUUGUGAGCCCCAAGACCGGCGUCAUCCAUGGAAGCGCCAGGUUCUCCGAGUCUCCCAACCACCACCGCUCGUCGUCGACUGAGUCCUGCCUCUCGUGCUCCGAGCCCAGUCCUCGCGCCUUCCUCAACAGCCGCACCAGAAACGACGACGACGACGACGACGGACGUCUGAAGCCGCUGCUUCCACCUAUCGGCGUGUUCACUCAUAAGAACCCUACCGUCCUCAAACGUCCCGCUGUCUCCUCCUCCGACGACGUUUUCGGCAUGGGCGGAGGACGUGCCAAGUAA